UAUGCAUCUUAUGUAUAUGUAUCUUAAGUUAUGUUUCGUUCAAUAUAAUAUGUAUUUUAAUGUUUAACUAUAUUUUUCAAAUUUGUGUUUCUAUGAGGACGCUGUCUUUAUACUACACAGGAGCAGCGGUUCUCAAUUUGGGAAUAUACCUAUGGUGGAUUAUUAUAGUCGAACCAUGACGAAAUUACUGUGUGAGAAUAAAUGGGCACAUACACACUCUACGCACUUGCAUCUUCGAUUUCACACACUAAUCCGAAGUAAAGAAGCGGAGUACAUCCGUGGCGCACAGUGAAAAUAGUUUAGAAUUGACAGUUUCAUAUUGUUCAUUUUAUUCUAUUGUAAUUGUUAAUUGAAAAAACUAUUAAUUAAUAAUGACAGCUGUUUAAAAGAAAAUUUAGAUCUCACACGAUUCCAUAUACAGUUCCAAGCGCAUCCUUCAAAUGGAGCGUGUUUUGAAAGCUGUACCAGCAGACUUAAGAGUAAAAAUGGAGGCACUUGUGCAUGAUUUAACUUUGGCAUUGGAAGAAAGCAGCAAUGGUGUAAAUGUCAGACGCCGUUGGGGUAUCAGAAGGAGAGCUCGUUCGACAGGCAAUAUUCCAUCACUGAAUGUGAGCAAACACUCAGAUGACAGUUCAUCUUCAAUUUGUGACAUUCACACUCCAAAAAAUAAUGUUACAUCUAAAUAUCAGUCGGACAGCGAUGAUACAAAUCAGACAAAACGAUUUGCACGUUUUUCAAAUUUAAACAAUGUUAGUAAUAUCGAAAGUGACUCUGUCAAUGAAAAUUUUGUACCGAGAGUAAAUCCAAGGCGUAAAAGGAAAUUUAAAAGAAUGACUAUAGAUUCAGAGUGCAAUCCAUCAACAUCUCAAACAGUUACAAUUAUGUCUACAACACUUGGAGAUAAGAAAAGUAUUCUUCGAGGGGGUUAUGAAAAUAGAUAUGGAACAGUAUGGUGUGGAAAACGUAAAAGAUCAUGCAGGGAACGUUCAACAGAUUGUGAAAUGAGAUCACUAAAACCAAACAGAACUACAAAAUCAAAAAAUCGUAUUAAAAUUCAAAGUGAGGAUGCUAUCGAUUGUUCUAGAAUAUCAAGUUCAAGCAUCUCAUCAAGUGAUUCGGAAGCUGGUUUGAUCACAAAUGAUGAAGAUCGAGAAGGAGAUGAUGAACAGUCAGAUUGGAAUGGGGAAUCUAGUUGGUGGGAUGAUGGUGACAGUGCUAAUGAAGAUAAAAUUGCUACAGAUAUAGCUUUUCAAAUGCUGUUACAUGGAAAUUUUGACCAUGCAACAGAUAAAGGAAGAAAAAGUUACAGACAAAGGAUUCAAAGAAUUCGAGAGGGUCUCACUGGAAGAGAGAUUCGCGCUGGUCGCCGUCAUGUUGAUAAUAAGCCUGGAUAUUCAAUUAUUACAUCGGCCAAUGAAAAAGUGUCUAGGUUUUUACAGGAUCCAACCCAAAAUGAGCUUAAAUUACAUCCAAUGCGUCAACCGGAACGAGAAAAACUUCGUAGACUGGCAAACUUAUAUAGUUUAAGUUUAAAAGGAGAUUUAGGAUGCCCAAUUCUGUAUAAAACUCGACACACUACACAAGCCAUCUGCAUAGAUCAAAUCCCAUUAAAACGAUUUUCAGAUUACAAAAGAUUAAGAAGAACUCCACCAAAUACACCAAAUCAAGAACCAGUUAUACAUAAUCAAGAAUAUCAGAUUUGUUCAACGAGCUUCGGGUCACAAGUAAUAACUCCUACAUCAAACUUAGAUUCUAUGCAAGCUUUACCAAAAUUAUCCCAUGUGGAAUGGGAUUCAAAUAGUAUGGAUAUAGAAAUCCAUGGAAAACCAAAAUUUCAUGAUUUUGGACAUUCAAAAUCAAGUUAAAUGAAGCAAAAUCCUUUUUUGUUAAUUUUGUUUUUUUAAAAUAAAUUAUUUAUAUGUAUAAUUACAUAUGGGUUUUGCAUAAUACUUUUUUAAAAUAAGGAAUGUAUAACUGGAAGUAUGUGACUAUGCUAUGUAAAAGGUUACAAACAUUCAUAAUACAUUACCUAUGUUCCAUUCAUUCUCAAUGUGAUAAAAGUAUUUAAUAGAUUAAAUUGCUGAAUUCUUUAAUUAUAUGG